AACGAUUGCAUAAGAUCUCGAACUGGGCUAGUUAAACAGUAAUGCAAAUUGAGGUGAAUUCACUCUCUCUGCAGGUUGAGCACGAGGACGACAGCUAAAGAUGUCUGGAAAUGACUUUGAAUCGCUAGAGAAGAUUCUGGAGGCACAUGUACCCGAGGCAGAACUCAGGAACGUCAGAAAACUGCUGUUCGGAAAAGAACUGAAGAAGCUCAGCCUUCCCCAGGGUGCAAUAGAAGCUGCAGCGGAGCAAGAUUUUGAUCUCAAGGGUUAUGUGUUUGAGGCUUCUCCAGAACAGCUCAGACCACCCAGAACUGUCCGCGUGGGACUGAUUCAGAACAAGAUAGUCCUACCCACUGAUGCUCCUGUGCUUGAACAGAUCACAGCUUUGCAUAAGCGUGUGGGGGAGAUGGUAGAGGUGGCGGCCAUGUGUGGGGUCAAUAUCGUAUGCUUCCAGGAAGCCUGGACAAUGCCUUUUGCGUUUUGCACACGAGAGAGGGAGCCCUGGACAGAGUUUGCUGAGUCGGCCGAGGACGGGCUCACCACACGCUUUUGUAUUCAGCUGGCCAAAAAAUACAACUUGGUGGUGGUGUCUCCCAUUUUGGAGAGAGAUGAGAUCCACGGUGGAACAUUGUGGAACACUGCAGUGGUGGUGUCCAAUAAUGGCGAUGUUCUGGGCAAAUCACGGAAGAAUCACAUUCCACGUGUGGGAGACUUCAACGAGUCUACAUAUUACAUGGAAGGCAACACCGGCCACUCUGUAUUCCAGACGCAGUUUGGAAAAAUCGCUGUUAACAUCUGUUACGGCCGACACCACCCUCUCAACUGGUUAAUGUACAGCAUACAUGGGGCUGAGAUCAUCUUUAACCCCUCGGCCACAGUUGGAUUGCUCAGUGAACCAAUGUGGUCGAUUGAGGCCAGAAAUGCAGCCAUCGCAAACCACUGCUUCACCUGUGCCAUCAACCGGGUGGGAACGGAGUAUUUCAAGAAUGAGUUCACAUCUGGAGAUGGAAAAAAAGCGCACCGUGACUUAGGCCACUUUUAUGGCUCCAGCUACGUAGCUGCUCCUGAUGGCAGCAGAUCCCCGGGAUUAUCCAGAACCCGCGAUGGCCUCCUGGUGACAGAGCUGGACUUGAACCUAAAUCGCCAAGUUGCUGACAAAUGGAACUUCAAGAUGACCGGGAGGUAUGAAAUGUACGCAGAGGAGCUGAAAAAAGCCGUCCAGCAUGACUUCAAACCCAACAUUGUUAAGGAGUGAGUGCCAAAAGCCCCUGAGAAGAACUGUGCUUUCUCCUGAAAGCCAAACUCUGCAGAUGCAGGAGAACCACAUUAUGUUUUA